AUGUCUCUAACAGUAACCUCCGAAACCCGAAACAUGCCGCCUUCUUCCCCAUCUCCAGGGGGUCCAGCCUCCUCCGAGCCCGUAACUCAAUCCUCCUCCCAAGUCAACAUGGUAAUCCGCCAAGACCCCUUCUACAUAACCCUCGACGCCUCUGCCCUCCUGGCCGUCUCCAUCCUGACCGUCCUGGGUAUGCACUUCGUGCACCGCUUCGUGCUCGAAGCCACCAUCAUUGCCGUGCCCAUCAUGCUUCUGAUUCACAACGACUACCUCAACUUCCUCAAGCUCGGUCCCGGCGGGACGCCCCCGACGCCAGCCGGAUACGCUGGACUGACCUUUUAUCGGCUCUUCACCAUCCGUGACCCGCUACAGGCGCCGGAGAGGGACCCAAGCCAACUUCCCUCCGCCGGCAUCUUGGCCACCACCAACAACCAACUCACCGACUCCCCCAACCCAUCCACCACCGAUUCGAAAGCGGCAAUAGGCCUCCCCUACCGCCCCGGCCCCCGCCCCUCCGUCGCCGGCCUCGCUCCCCAGCGGCAACUAAACCAAGCCGGCCCCGUACCCAUCUACGAAGCGCUGCGUUCCUCGUUGGAAUCCCUGACACAAAAACACCCCCAGAAAUUCGUCACGGCCACUUCCUGCCUCGAAAAGCACGGGUUUGCUUUAUUCAGCAGACACCCCGUCAACGUGUGCGGAAACGGCGAGAUCUGCCACAUCCACACGCACAGCGACAAGAGCAUGCACAUGAAUUUGCACCCGGACGACAUCAGGGAGGUGUUGGAGAAGGGGUGGGGGAGAGACAUCCUAUGGCUUGGUCAUGAAAACGACUUGCGAAUCGUCUGCAAGAUCAUCGAAGCGGCGAUUUGGUAUACCGCUUGCGAGGAGGUGGAGAUUGUGCCGGAGUCUGUCAAGGCUUCUUCGGCUUGA